CCCCAAUCUCUCUCUUCCUCUGUAUUUCCUGAAUCCAUAUUUUAAGGAUUUUAGGGAGAGAAAUAAAAUCAUAAAAUCCAAACGGCUAUUAUUGACGGUUCCAAGUCUUCCUCUUGCAUACACCAGAAAACCUUCCAUCGGCCCCUCGAACACCAGACACCAAAUGCUUAAUCCUUCUCUUUUUCUCUCUCUAUCUCUUUUUCUUCCUCUUUUCUUCUCAAUUUCAUCUUUAUAGAGCUUAAUUAUAUCAAUGGCGGAAGGAUAUUAUUGUUCUAAGAAAACCGAUACCAUUUAUUCUGAUGUUUGUGGCCAGCAGGGCACCAUUGGAGGGUUGAUCAUCUCAAGAUUAAGGUGUGUUGUUAGAGGAAUUGAUUUGAAGAGCAUACUUCUAUGUCUUGUGUUUAUCCCGUUAUGCAUUUUUGGGAUUUAUUUACAUGGUCAGAAGGUUACCUAUUUCCUACGGCCGCUAUGGGAUCGACCCCCAAAACCAUUCACAGAGAUUACACACUAUUACAAUGAGAAUGUAACCAUGGAAACUCUAUGCAACCUUCAUGGUUGGGGGAUUCGAGAGUAUCCUCGUAGAGUAUUUGACGCGGUUCUAUUUAGCAAUGAGGUUGAUAUGUUACAGAUUCGGUGGAACGAAUUGUACCCUUUUGUGACUCAAUUUGUUCUGUUGGAAUCGAACUCGACCUUCACAGGAAUACCAAAGCCCUUGUACUUUGCUAUAAACCGGGAUAAGUUUGACUUCAUUGAAUCUAGGCUAACUUAUGGGACUAUUGGUGGUAGAUUUAGGAGAGGGGAAAAUCCGUUUAUUGAGGAGGCAUAUCAGAGAGUUGCUCUUGAUCAGCUUCUUCGGAUUGCUGGUAUUGAAGAGGAUGAUUUGUUGAUAAUGUCCGAUGUUGAUGAGAUUCCUAGUAGACACACCGUCAAUUUGUUGAGAUGGUGCAAGGAUGUUCCUCCUAUCCUUCAUUUACGGCUUAGGAACUAUAUAUACUCUUUUGAGUACCAUGUUGAUGACAAUAGUUGGAGGGCUUCUAUCCAUCGGUACAAACCAGGAGUAACUCGGUAUGCACAUUUCCGACAGACUGAUCUGAUCUUGACGGAUGCUGGAUGGCAUUGCAGCUUUUGUUUUCGCCAUAUAUCAGAUUUCGUUUUCAAAAUGAAGGCGUAUAGUCAUACUGACCGUGUUCGAUUUUCACACUAUCUAAAUCCCAAGAGGAUUCAGGAAAUAAUCUGUAAAGGUACUAACCUAUUUGAUAUGCUUCCUGAAGAAUACACAUUCCGAGACAUGAUUGGGAAACUUGGUGCAGUUCCUCGUUCUUAUUCUGCUGUUCACCUUCCGGCUUAUAUACUACAAUACGCAGAGAAAUACAAGUAUCUUUUACCUGGGAACUGUAUACGAGAAAGUGGCUGAGUUUUCAUCGGAAAACCUGUUUUUUUCGUGUAUAGAAAGAUUUUAGUUACGAGUUUCAUGCCCGAAAUGCCAAUAUGUUUGUUUGGCAUUCUGUGAUUGUCACACACCCGAGGCUGGAGUAUUGUCCGAUCAUAUGAAAUUUCGGGUAGUCGGAAUGACUCGUUGAAUCAUGUAUAUUUCACUUCAACUCUGAUACUUUUGUAUUGGUUAGGAUCUGGUUAUGCUGUGAGGCUUGUGUAUUUGAUGAGAACUAAACACAGGGUUGACAAUGUUCUGUUGGGUUGGUUUGAUGAUUCAUGAUUGAAAUGAAACCACAUUCCCUGUACAUUUUGGCCACUCCAGGGAGUUUUGGUUUACUGAUUGAGUUAUUGACUGCUGAUUUGAGUUUUAUGAUUUUUUGGCAUUUUUUUCCUUUUGAUAAGCUUAAUUUAUUUAAUUAUUUAAUGGAAACUCAACUUUCUUAAUAAAAUGGUUUAAAGUGAUAUGUUUUAAGAGAAAAUAUCAUUUUCAGUUCAAAU